UAAUACUAAUCUGCUGUUACUAAUAGUCUGUAAUACUUAGGUAAUGCCUACUGUACAUCAGGUACUAUUUUAAAUGCUUUACAGUCAUUACCUCAUUUAACCUCCACAAGCCCUAUGAAGCAGGGUCUAUGAUUGUCUCCUUUUUACAGAUGAGGACACUUAGGUACAGAAAGGGUAAACAGCUUGUCCAACCUCAAGAUCUUUGGUACCAAUGGUACCAAACAGGUUGUCCAACCUCAAGAUCACUGGUACUGUUACAGAGUCAAGGUUUGAUCCUAGGUAGUCUGGCUCCAGAAUCUGGGCUCUUAAUCAUACUACCAUGCUAUACUGCCUCCUAGAACAUGCUUAUAUUGUUAUUGCUUCAUUUAUCAAUUUUAGGCAUUAUCUAUUAAGCUCUUGGUAUGGGAGAUGAGCAUUUAGUCUUCUCACAUCAUCACCCUGGCUUCCCCUCCCCUCCCAGCUUCAUAAUAUGUCAUGAUUUUUAUUAAAUAGGUAUUCUAUAUUUACAUUACUAUAACUUUGAAAAAUUCAUUUAUUAUUGAGCCAAAUUAGUAUGCUAUGAUUUAAUCUUUUUUCUUGUACAGCUUUUUGUUAUUCUGGAGCUGAUAAUUGCAUUAUGUUUUCAUUUGCUUAGUUUUCUAGGUAUCAUUCACUACCUCCUCCCAAGCCCUUUGAGAAACUACCCAACUCCCUACAGUUCUCUUUUUCACAUGGUCAAUUGUGUCACCUGCACUGUUUCCUUGGAGACCCAAAACAAGGGAUUUUUUAAAGCUUCUCCUCUUUUAAAAGUCAGGUUUAUGAAGGUAUAAUUUGCAUACAGUAGAAUUCACCCUUGUUAGGUACAGAAUCCUGAGAGUUUUGGCAGAAUAUGUCGAGAUAUAGAUGAUUUCCAUUAUCCCACAAAGGUCUCUUAUACCCUUUUGUACUCUAUGCCUUCUUUCCACCUUAGUUCCAGGAAACUGCUGUUCUGAGGUCUGUUCCUGUAUUUUGCCUUUUCCAAAGUGUUAUAUAAAUGGAGCCUUAUAGUAUGUAAUAUAACCUUUUGUGUCUGGCUUCAAGCAUCUCCUUUUCAUAAAGAAUCAAGACGGUAACAAUCAUUGCUAACGUUUACUAAAGACUUACUAGAUAGCACAUGCUGUGUUAAAGGCUUCCGUGGGUUAUCUCAUUAUUACAGCAUACUGUUUGGCUCAAUAAUUAAUGUAUAUAGGAAUACAACUCAUUCAUAAAAAUGUGUGACUAUAAAGAAUAUUAUUGAAGAUUAUGUUGAAAUGUGUUACACAUGGAAGAAUCUUUUAAGAAGAACAAAGUUCCUGUUUCCUUUCAACUUACUUCCUUUUGGCAUGUGCGCUCCAGUACUCAGAAGCCGCCUGCUUCUCUCCCCAGUUAGGGUACAGACUCCCUGGCAGAUUUAAAUGCUUCUUUACUUCCUAUCCAGUGCCUCACACAGGGCUUGCUUAGUUUGGUCCAAAAUAUUUGUUGAAUACAUUUGCAGAUAACUUGGACAUGUCGGAGGGAGAGAGUGUUACCGAAGGAUGGUGACUGGAGGGGUUUGGCUGGGGUAGAGGUAGGGAGGGCCUGCAGAGAGGAAAGGCCCCAACUUGGUCCUCUUCCCUGCAGCCCAGUGUUUCCCGGGCUCUUUGAAUUCUGCUCCCGUUACACAGGCGCAUCUCUGCAAGGAGCAACCCAGCUGAACAACAAGAUAUGUGAUAUUGCCAUUAACUGGGCUGGUGGUCUGCACCAUGCUAAGAAGUUUGAGGCGUCUGGCUUCUGCUAUGUCAAUGACAUUGUGAUUGGCAUCCUGGAGCUGCUCAAGUACCACCCUCGGGUGCUGUACAUUGAUAUUGACAUCCACCAUGGUGACGGGGUUCAGGAAGCCUUCUACCUCACUGACCGGGUAAUGACGGUGUCCUUCCACAAAUACGGAAACUACUUCUUCCCCGGCACAGGUGACAUGUAUGAAGUUGGAGCAGAGAGCGGCCGUUACUACUGCCUCAAUGUACCCCUGAGGGAUGGCAUUGAUGACCAGAGUUACAAGCACCUUUUCCAGCCGGUUAUCAACCAGGUGGUGGACUUCUAUCAACCCACAUGCAUUGUGCUCCAGUGUGGAGCUGACUCUCUGGGCUGUGAUCGAUUGGGUUGCUUCAACCUCAGCAUUCGAGGGCAUGGGGAAUGUGUCGAAUAUGUCAAGAGCUUCAAUAUCCCUCUACUGGUGCUAGGCGGUGGUGGCUAUACUGUCCGAAAUGUUGCCCGCUGCUGGACAUAUGAGACAUCACUGCUGGUAGAAGAGGCCAUUAGUGAGGAGCUUCCCUAUAGUGAAUACUUCGAGUACUUUGCCCCGGACUUCACUCUCCAUCCGGAUGUCAGCACCCGCAUCGAGAAUCAGAACUCCCGCCAGUAUCUGGACCAGAUUCGCCAGACAAUCUUUGAAAACCUGAAGAUGCUGAACCACGCACCCAGCGUCCAGAUCCAUGACGUGCCUGCAGACCUUCUGACCUAUGACAGGACUGAUGAGGCCGAUGCCGAGGAGAGGGGUCCUGAGGAGAACUACAGCAGGCCAGAGGCCCCCAAUGAGUUCUAUGAUGGAGACCAUGACAACGACAAGGAAAGCGACGUGGAGAUUUAAGAGCAACCGGGCUUGUUGUGUCCCAAGGAAUUCCUUUUUACCUCUUUGUUGGGUGGGAAGGAAAAGGUGUGACUCCCCCAGCCAUGGACUAGUCGCUUUUAGGGCUUUUGCCAGUGCUGGGGAAGGGUUUGGAGACUUCUGGUUUUCAAACCAACUAUCCCCUUUCCUCUCCUCUCCAAGGCCUAACAAUGGUACCUAUUAGGGACUGGACAGAGACAAGGAUGGUUGUCUCUAGGAUGUUGGGCAGUGGGCCCUAGAGGAGGAUCCCAGUGCCUCUGGCCCCCUUGUUCUUCCCUGCUUCCCUCCAACUCAGAGACUUUUAGGGAUGAAGGGGUAGAUAGGAUCGAGGUUGCCUCUGACUUCCUCCUCCCCUGGGUUUUCCUACUAUAGGCCUUGUCCAGUGCGGGUGAAGAGUGAGGUGUUUUAGGGGGCUCUGGUUCCAUAACACUUUAUCCCCAGGUGAUGGGAAGUGUUGGUUUUGAGUCUGGGGAAGAUUUGAAAAUGUCCUGUUCUAACUUUUGUCUUUAUGUCCAUUUUACCACUUUUUAUUCAAUAAACCAGUUGGUAUUUUUUGUA